AUGGGCGGCUUGACUGCGGCCAGGACUGGUCAGUCCUUUUCGCCGACUGCCGUGAAUGCAUGGGGGUCCCACCUCCGUAACAUUCACUCGACUGAAGUUCAAACACCGACUACGCAAUUCGAUAUGGACGACAGUUUUCUGAUGGGAGGCCCAUUUACGCACUCCGUGCAUCCUACAGAAUGUCAAGUGUCGGAAGUGGACGGUAUUCCGGCUGAAAUCUACAAGUCCUGUGUCGACACUCUGGCUGCAUGA